GAGCUCGUAGACGGAGGUCAUAAACAGGAAGCAGGAGAUCACUAAAGCUACCUGCCGUCGAUUGACGGAGAAACGGGCAGAGAAAGUUUUCGGAUCGGGACGGAAAGGACUUGGUGAAAGUUCUUCGAAGUGAAGUUGGUGGGCUUUCGGUAUGACUUUCACAUGCAGGUCGUCGAUCCGUGUCUGGGCCACAAACCCAGGCUGCCUCCUCGUCCUGUUUGGGCUGCUGCUGCUGCCAGGUUCAGUCUCAGUAGAUAUCGUCUCACAGACAAUAACAGCCUCUGUGACUGAAACCGUCAUCCUGCCGUGUCACAUCACUGUGGAUGGUGAACUCCCCACGGUGGAGUGGUCCAAGGAGGGCCUAGAGGAAAACAAUAUCACCUUACUGUACCGGGACGGCUGCGAGACGUUUGGGAUGAAGAAUCCAGCCUUCCACUACAGGACAAACCUUCUUUUGAACAAACUGAAGGAUGGCAACAUCUCUCAGAUCAUUUACAACCCGAGGGUGUCUGAUGGAGGCAAGUACUACUGCAGGACCCUGAGGGGGAGGCAGUGGCAGGUUCACGCGAUUAUCAUCCUUAAAGUGGGUGCCACGUCAAAGCCAGAGCUCACAGUGGUUCCCUCCACCGACGGUGGAGGACUGACCCUGGAGUGCAAGGCGGAGUGCUGGUUCCCAGAACCUGACAUCACGUUUCACGACGACGAAAGGAACGAGAUUCCAGCAGGAAAACCCACAAGAGGGCCAAACUCUAGAGAAUGUUUUACAGUUACCAGGAGAGCAGUUGUGCAGACUAAAAUCAACAGAGUGACCUGCAAAGUCCAUGACAGAGAGCUCAAUCAGACCAAGAACACAGAGAUUUACAUCCCAGAUGACUGGAUGAGAUCUUGCUUAAGUACGGCAGCCAUCACAGGAAUCGUCACUUUCUUAUUGACAGGGUUAAUAAUAUGUGGACUUGUUUUCCUGGUACACAAGAUGUUCUGCAGAAGUGGACAAAACUCCUGUCGGUCAAGAAAUACACAAAUGAAAGAAGAGAACGAGAAAGAUGAGAUGGAAAGUCACACAUCCAGACACAGCGGUACCUCACAGGAAGAGGAGUCCACAGGUGAUUCCAGAACAUCACCAAACGGGACAGAGCUGGUGGACCAGUCACUCGUUAACAACAGGCCGCCAGGACAGAACUCGUCCACGACAAAAAGUUGUGGAUCGAUUGCUGCAAGACGAGACAAAACCCCCGACUCACCGAACACAGACCAACAUAGGUCUGUGUCUUCUUCCUCCUCCAAAGGAAACUCUCUGGUCCCUCCUAGGAUAUAUCAAAGAAGCUUAAGUUACCGAUCAAAUGCAAGUGAGAGCUCAGAGUCACUGUUGGAGAAACCAUAAACAUAGAAAGGACUAGCCCUGUCACGAACAUGCAUUGCUAUGCCAUUCUCAGUAUGGUGCAUGAAAAUGGUCUCAAAACAAUAACUUCUAGGUAAAUGUGUUGUUUAGCAAAAUUUAUUGUGACAGGGCUAGAAAGGACAGGACACAAGACUGCAAAGGUUUGGAUUCAAAGACUUGUGUUCAGGGAUUGUUCUCUUAGUUUUCUAAGAGUCAGGAUCCAGUCUGAAAAGUGCACAACCUUCCUAGAACAUCUCUGGGGCCUCAUGUAUAAAAGAGUGCGCAGUUUUCUCAAUAACACUUGGCGUACGGACAAAUUUGGAAAAGUGCGGCGCACAAAAUAGAUCCGGACGUAUAAAUCCCAAUUUGCGGGAAACAGAGUGCAGCUGCAGGUCCGGCCUUUCGCCACCUCAAACUACAUAUGUGAAUCAGUCUAAAUACCCGGAGGUCUGCCACCACGUGAAGCAAUAACCAUGGCAAUGUCCUUGUUUGUAGCACUAUAAGUAUUUAUAGUUAUAAUAACAACUAUAUAUUUUAUUUAAAAGGUGCUUUCAGGGCACAUAAGGUCACCUCACAAAAAAUAAUAAUAAAUAAAUAGAGAGAUUGUACAAAUGCCUGAACAGCAGAGAGAUCAACAGGGAUUUAAAGACGGAGAGUCAUUGACUGGGAUUAUGGACAUUUAAUCUAAAUACUGGAAUCAUGUGCAGAACUUGUACAUUUACAGAAUAGAGAUGUUUUCUGUCCAUAAAGGCGCUUUCACAAAGCGGGCGGCUUGACUGAUUGAUAACUGCAGCUGGACCGGUACCGGUACCGGUACCGGUACCGUACGGUUCAGAGCUCCAGGAUCAUCAGUCUGGAUUAAUCUAAAUGCUAAUAAACCAUCAUCAACAUUUCCCAGUAGAUCAAUAUGAUCUCUGAUCAAUCGCUCCCUCUGAAUCCUUCCAUUGGUGAUGUUCUCCAUCAGAGCCGAAGCGCUCCAGCUUUGUGCAGCUGCUUAUAUACGUGUGAUUAUACACACUUUGAUCACCCUAAAAAUAAUCAAACCUGUUUGGAGUUAAUCUGCUGGUCCACUUUUUUUUUCCAGCGAAAAUGAAAUUACCCCGUAGAUGCAUUUCAAUGCGCUUCGGCACACAGACCGACGGGUUACAUCUUCAUGAAACAAAAACUGAGGAAAUAUAUUUUUAUACAUUCGAGUGAGGUUUUUACAAUCCUUUAUUUUUAUUUUCUUUAUUUUGUGUGCGUGUUAAGUUAUUGUCUGAGGACGAAUGCGGUUCAGUUUCGUUGUGUUAAACAGUAAAACAUGAAAAUCAUGGAAAAAAAAAAAGUCAGUUUUGCUGCUUCUGGACUACACUGAAUGUAAUCAGAUUUAAGGGUGUUUAGGGGAGUUUUGUAGUUUUGAUAUUGUUCACAGAAAAAGUUUGCGUGGCUGCCGCACGUUUUCACGGCAGGGAAAAAGCGUGCGAAUAUUUACGCAAACUGUGACGCAAAGUCAAUUUUUAUACAUCCUGCCUUGUGCGUAAAAUAUGGCGCCUUUUUGUGCUUAUGCACACUUUAUACACGAGGCCCAUGGAGACUAUGGUAUUCAUGGCAAGGUCCAGUUUCAGUCAGCAAGUUGGGGGAAUAAUUGUUAUCCCUAAAACAAGCUAGGAAUUAUGGUAGAAUUUCUUUCUCGGGUAUUUAAGAUUGCUUCAAUUCAGCCUAAUGUUUCCUUAAUUAGUUCAGACCAUUUGCUUUAACUUCUGUCUUUAUGGGAGAAAAGUGUUACCAACUACCUACCCACUGUUAUUUGGCGUCGAGGGUAAACGGAUCUGUAAAUGGUGCUGCCUUCCCGGGCUCUCAUGACAUCCCUCAAUAUUUCAAAGGGAAAGCUACAUAUGUGCUGGUGCUACUGAUCAAUUUUAGCUUUGCUUUUAACAAAGCUAAUGAAGCUGUGUGCCAAACUCCUGAGGUUGCGUGUCACGUCACCCAUUUGCAAAUAGAUCCUUGACUUUUUCUUUUACGAAACACAUGUUUGAGUAAAAACACAAGUUUGUGUCACUCUCUCGUGCUCUUUCAACACCAAUGACUCCACGGGUGGUAAACGGUUUUAUGUGUCAAAGGACCAUCCAUCAUGACCUCUGAUCUUAAGUGACCUCUGGUACGAUCGUGUCAGCCAUAUUGUCAAGAAGGUACCCCAAAGUUGUGUCCUUUCUUCUUUUUUUUUUUUUUUUUUUUUUUUUACAAAGGACACAACUUUUUAAGAGUUACUUCAACAUUUCACUGUUACUUCAAUUCCUUUAUCUAUGUGUUCUUGUGUAUCUUCUGGUAGAUCAUGAGGAAUUGUUUUUACCUCUUACCUUUUUAUUUAGUCUAUGUUAUAACUGUGCCAAGUUUCUGUAAUGUAUUACUAUGUUGGAGCAAGAAAGCAAAACAAGUUUCAGAUGUAUUGACAAUAAACUAUCAUCUUGAUUGGACUUGAA